UAAGCCACAUAAAGAGAGAAGUCUUUUGUCCUAAAGACGGCUAAUCCUUGGGACGAAAAGUUCCAAAAUAACUGUAUUCUUUCUGUUUGACUUCUUUUCGGGUUAUGGAUUCAUCUCGUGAAGCUAAACACGAUCAGGAGGAGGAGAGAAGAGAAGAUGAAGCAGCUGCUUCUUUGGUGGAUGUAAAUCUCAUGGUGGUGCUUCUCUCUCAGCUUUGUACGAAGGACGAUGAAGAUGAUAAGAAUUUGGAGAAAGAGAGAAAAGAUCAUGUUGCGCAUGAGAUUCGUGAAUCCAGAGCACGUGCAAACAAGAGGUUUAUGAAGGAACCAAAGCUCAUGGAGAAAAGAACACAUGUGCUUCAACCCAUGGCUAAGGAAUUCAGGUCCAGGAGAAUGUGAAAGGUCACCAUGACCGGUGAUCUUGUACGUGAUUGCCCUAGAAGCUGAAAGCAAUCAUCAUAUUUUUUUAAUUGCAAU